AUGGAGGACGAGUCGGCACAACCGAAGAAGCGUACGUUCAAGAAGUUCACGUUCAGAGGCGUGGAUUUGGAUCAACUGUUGGACAAAAACAACAAAGAGUUGAUGGAGUUAUUCACGUGUCGUAUGAGACGUCGGCUCUCGAGAGGACUCAAACGCAAACCAAUGGCUUUAAUGAAGAAAUUAAGGAAAGCUAAGAAAGAAUGUCAACCUCUGGAGAAGCCGGAAGUGGUGAAGACUCACUUGCGGGACAUGAUUGUGAUGCCAGAGAUGGUGGGCUCUGUGGUCGGCGUCUACAACGGCAAGACAUUCAAUCAGGUGGAGAUCAAACCCGAGAUGAUUGGCCACUAUUUGGGCGAGUUUUCCAUCACUUAUAAACCUGUGAAACACGGAAGACCAGGCAUUGGUGCCACACAUUCUUCACGUUUCAUACCUCUUAAGUAA